CCGCAAGCAGUCUUUUCGAGGGUGUGUAAGUUUUGGACGCAAACUCUUCCUCUCCUCUUCCUUAGGGUUUUCUUUUGUCUUCUUCUCUCCUCCAUCGAUCCGACGAGCGACAGCGAUCCGCCGCUGGAUGGCAGGAGUACGGUGGCCUCCGGAGGACUCCGACCUUCAGCCUCCGCGGGUACCCGCGGCCACCGCUGCUGCUGCGGCCGCUGCCGCGGCCGAGAUGAUAUCGGACGAUGACCGGUCGGUGGCGGCCGACUCGUGGUCCAUCAAGAGCGAGUACGGUAGCACGCUUGACGACGAGCAGCGCCACGUCGACGCCGCCGAAGUGCUCCUUGGCUGCAACUUCCCUGCCGCCGCCUCCGAUUACAGUUCUGAUAAGGAUGGUACAGAUUCAAAUGAGGUUGAGGCAUCAGUAUUAGGGUUACUGAGCUAUUGGGAUGCUUCUUAUGCUGAGGAUCUUGCUAAUUUUCAUGAACAUGGCCAUGCUGGUGAAAUUUGGUUUGGGAAUGAAGUUAUGGAAACUGUUGCAGCUUGGACUAAGAAUUUAUGUGCAAAUGUUUAUCAGUCGCAGAAAGAAGAUGAUAACAACAACUGUACAUCUGACUCUGGUAGGACCUCUGACCUGUCUGGUUGGAGUGUCCUUGAUAUUGGAACUGGGAACGGUCUGUUGCUGCAAGAGCUUGCAAAGCAAGGGUUCUCUAAUUUAACCGGAACAGAUUACAGUGAAGGAGCAAUUGUCCUUGCACAGAACCUUGCUACCCGAAAUGGUUAUCCAAAUAUAAACUUCUUGGUCGAUGAUGUUCUGGAGACGAAAUUGGACAGAAAGUUUCAACUUGUAAUGGACAAAGGGACUUUGGAUGCCAUAGGCUUGCAUCCAGAUGGCCCACUUAAAAGGAUAAUGUAUUGGGAGUCAGUAUCAAACUUGGUUGCACCUGGCGGGUUACUGGUCAUCACCUCAUGUAAUAACACAAAGGAUGAGUUGUUGCAAGAGGUGGAAAACUUAAACCAGAAAAAGGCUAGCAUACAAGAGUUGGACUCAGAAUCAGGCAGCACGCCAGCAGUUUUACAAUACAUCGAUCAUGUCAGGACGUACCCGACCAUCAUGUUUGGUGGUGUGGAAGGAUCUCGUGUUUGCUCCGUUGCAUUUCGCAGAAGCUGAAUCAGGACCUUUUUUAGUUUCCAAAACUAUACUGUCAACGACUAAUGUGAUGAAUUAUGAUAAACGAAGUGGUUCCCUGUACUUUGUUAUGAAUUUUUGUUUCCUGUUUCUUCUGUAAUGUCUCUUUCUGUUUAGGGAUUGGACGGUGGGUUAUCUUUUGUUCCUAGAUAAAGACCUCACGAUAUUACUUCUAGCAUAAAAGAAAUAUUAAUAUCGUGCAAGAGUUCAUGAUC